CGGCAGUCUCGUUCCCUCGUUUUUUAUCUUUCUAAACUCGUGCUAUUCUUCGUUGAUAUCCGUUGCAAGGACUCAUCAGUACGGAGAUACUUGAUAUUUAUUCCCUCGGGUCAACAUUCAUCAUACUAGCAAUGCGUCUUUCAGUCAGUACUGUUGCUCUGCUGGCAACCGCGGCCAAUGGUUCAGUACUUUCGUGGACAGAAUCUGUCAGCGGAGUACAGUAUAGCGUGGGCAUCCCCGAGGUUGCAGCAGCGCCGUUCGACAUAUACACGUCCAUUGUAGCCCCAAUCGACAUGACCUGGGCUGCCAUCGCCUACGGUGGGUGCAUGCUCAGGAGCCCCCUCCUCGUCGCAUGGGCACACGGUACUAAUAUCAUAGUGUCACCUCGUUGGGCGACCGCGUACCAUCCACCCGCGCUCUAUAACGGCACCACCGCGAAGGUCCUCAAAACUUCAACCGUCAAUGCCACACACUGGAAGGCGGACGUGGUCUGUUGUGGGUGUAGCUCAUGGUUCGGUGGCGCUGCCUUUGUCCCAGCCAUGGGAGACACCUUCUUCGGAUAUGGCGUGAGCAACCUUUCCAUAGCGAAUCCAGCCUCGCCCAGCACCAACAUCGGAUUCCAUAAUGUUGGGAAGGGCCACUGGGAGCUCAAUAUCACCGGUGCUCGCAACUCGGCUCGCGACUUUACGAAGCUCACAAAGCCGAUGUGAGGAUGGGCGGGAACCAUGGGUAGUUGGUCUCAAUAUUGUACGAAGAUCACGGAAUAAAGUGACGGGAUUACAGGGCAUAAAUUUAUGCAGUCCACUAAAGUGCCCUAUAAGGUCUCACUUGCCCCCUGAAGGGUUCCAGUCGUUUAAUUAAUUAGUAUAUAGCGGGGUAAAUCAGCUGACCCAAUCAGUAAUAAGUG